AUGGGAUUCUUUUCCAAAUGCGCCGUCGAUUCGUGCGCGCCGCCCUCGCCGGGACUGUCGCUGGGGACAAUUGUCUCACUCGCUCCGUUCUUUGCGACGUUUGUUGCCGUCUUUGCGGUGGUCAACCGCAAGAUCUUUCCGCGGCUCUCGCGCGUGCAGAACUCGCGAGACGGCGAAGGCCAUUACCUUCCAGCAUCUGCGCCGCCACUGCUGCGACAGGUGCACGCCGAACACGGCUCCCGGUCCAUGCGACGACGGGCGGCUGCGGUCACUUUUGCGACGACCAUCGGACUAGCGGCCGUGCUUGGUGAGCUGAUCCUGGCCGAAAUAUCGGACCUGGUCGACUCGCAGGCGCGAGACGUGGCGCUGCAGGUGACGGUGCCGGCGCUCCUGUUUCUGCUGGUAUUGCUGAUCCCGUUUCUGGAACUGCAGUCGGUGAUUGUCGGAGCAGGCUGGUCGUUCCAGCGCACGGCAAAGGGCAGGAUUCCGCGGGUGGCGUGGACUCUGCAGCUGCUGGCAUUCUCGGGCUGGCUGUUCGUCUUCUGGUCGCUAGGGUCGCUGGUGCCCGGCCCGGUGGAAAACUACAUGUACAGCAAGGGGUCGCGGGACGGAUUCGACAGCACGGGUAUGGCAAUGGCGUACCGGUGGGCCACUUCGCCGGACAAUGUGCUCAGCCUGCGGUCCAUCAAAGCGUCCGGGACGCAUGGCCUUUCGCGGGCGUGUCUGGAACGGAUCGGGGUGAUUGGUAUCUCGCUGAUGGCGCUGCUGUCGGGGUUUGCGAGCGUGUCGUCGCCGUGGCAAACGUUUGCGAACCAGCGAGCACGGCGGCGACGACCGGUGACGGCGACGGAUGUCAACCGCAAGCAGACGGGGGUGGAGGCGGCAUCAGACCUCCUGCUGAGCAAGCGGCACCAGCUGAUGGCGCUGCAGAUAGCCGAGCAGCAAGCGGCAGCGGCAGCAGCAGCGGGGACUAGCAGCAGCGGUAGCAGCAGUGCGGGCCUCCUGGGAAAGCUUGUGGGGACGAUCAAGCACAUUGGCGGAGGCGGCAGCACGGAGGCGGCGGAGAUCAAGUCGCUGGAGAUGGAGAUUGCGGGACUGGAGACGAUGCAGGCGAACCUGGCGUCGACGCUGGUGGAGCUACGACAGCGACAGGCAGCUGAUGCGCGGGCGAGCACGCGGAUGGGACGACUGCUGGCGCUGCCCAACUACGUGUUUGGGGCAUACUGCGCGUACCGCAUUCUGGCGGCGACGCUGAUGAUGCUGCACCGGCUGUACGCGCCCAAAGCAGUGUUUGCGUCGUCCGACCCGAUCAACCGAUUUCUAGGGCUGCUGGCACGGCAUUGGGACCCGAAGCUGGACCAGGUGGCGUGGGCGCGGCAGAUGUCGUUUCUGCUGAGCGGCGUGAUCCUGGUGGCAUCGGCCGGCUCGGUUCUGCAGACGCUGCGGCUGUUUGCCAAAUGGACGCCCGGGUUGGUGUACCAGGCGCAGGCGAAUCUGGCGCUGGGGGUGGGUCAGAUCACGGCGACAUACGUGAUCAGUUCGGCGAUGCUGCUGCGCAACAACCUGCCCGAGGAGAUGAGCAGCGCGGUGGGCGACGCGCUGGAGAGUGCGCUGGAGCCGGCCUUUGUCGACCGCUGGUUCGAGGGUUGGUUCCUGGUGGCGAGUGCGGCCACGGCGGCCGGUAUUUGGGUUGGCCGCAAGCUUCAGGCCGGUGACAGCUUCGAUGACUGGGACGAUCAGUUUGGGCUGGAAGAGCUGGGACAGAAGCGUUGCUGA